UCCCCGCUCCCGCACCUUUCCUCAUUUCCCCAUUCUCUCUCUCUCUCUCCGCUCGCCUUCUUCUUCUUCACGCACCCCCCACCUCCUUCCUCCUCCUCCUCCUCCGAACGCGGGUACGUAUACGCCGGGUAGCCCAGCGGAGAUUGAGCAGGCGGGCACUCGGGACUUUGGAGGCGGAACCGACGAGCGAGAGUGGGCCUGGUUCGUGCGCGCCCGGGGCUAGCCGUGGUUUGCAGCGGCGCUGCGCCCCGCCGCGCCGGCUCGGCUGAAUGUGAUGGACUGCUAGUAGCGGUUGCUUUGGUGUAUGCACUUUGUGAUGGUCUAAUCUUUCUGAGGAGGCAAUAUCGCAUGCCUCAUUACCUGGCAUUUAGCUGGCCAAGAGAUGUCGUUUCGCAGCAUAGCUCGUGAUGUUAGGGAUGGUUUUGGUAGCUUGUCGAGACGGAGCUUUGAGGUGACAAUCGCAAGCCUUUAUGGUCUUACUGGAUAUCACAAGGGGAAGGCUCAGAGCUCACUCGAUGACCUCCAUGACCCACCUCCCAUAAUCCAAGAGAGCCGCUGGGCGAGUCUUCCUCCUGAACUCCUCCGUGACGUCAUACGGAGACUGGAGUCUGACGAGAGUACCUGGCCAUCAAGGAAGCAUGUCGUCUGCUUCGCAGCUGUUUGUAAGACAUGGAGGGAAAUGUGCAGAGAGAUUGUGUUGAGUCCCGAGUUCUGUGGGAAGCUUACCUUCCGCGUCUCUCUAAAGCAGCCUGGUCCUCGAGAAGGAAUGAUUCAAUGUUUCAUAAAGAGGAAUAAAUCCAAAUCCACCUAUCAACUCUACCUGUGCCUUAGCAAUGUUGUUACUGCAGAAACUGGGAAGUUCCUCUUAUCUGCUAAAAGGAACCGCAAAACAUCUUGCACAGAGUAUGCCAUCUCAAUGGACACUGGCAACACCUCAAGAUCAAACAGGACAUACAUUGGAAAACUGAGGUCAAACUUCCUUGGCACGAAAUUUCUAAUUUAUGACACACAACCCCCAUACAAUGGGGCUGUAGUGCCACCUGUCGGAAGGACCAGCAGGAGGUUUAACUCAACAAAAGUUUCUCCGAAGGUGCCUGCUGGUAGUUACAACAUUGCUCAGGUGACAUAUGAGCUAAAUGUUCUUGGCACAAGAGGUCCUAGGCGGAUGCGUUGCAUCAUGCACUCCAUACCUGCCUCCUCAGUUGAGCCUGGUGGCAUUGUCCCUGGCCAGCCUGAACAAAUUGUGCCUCGAGCUCUUGGGGACUCAUUUCGCAGCAUCAGUUCCCUCUCCCAGUCGUUCCGCAGCAGCACCACCUUCUCCAAGUCCAUCAUGGACCAAUCCAUGGAUUUUAACAGUGCUCGCUUCUCUGAGAUCAAUGGUGGGAUAGUGGAUGGCGAUGGCGACUGUGAAGUCAAGGACAGACCAUUGGUCCUCCGUAACAAGCCUCCGAGGUGGCAUGAACAGCUACAAUGCUGGUGCCUGAACUUCCGCGGCCGUGUCACCAUUGCCUCCGUGAAGAAUUUCCAGCUGAUCGCGGCAUCAAACCCGCCACCUGCAGGUGCCCCAACUCCUUCGCAACCCGGUCCAGUCGAUCCUGACAAGGUUAUCCUGCAGUUUGGAAAAGUUGCGAGGGAUAUGUUCACGAUGGACUAUCGCUACCCCCUCUCGGCUUUCCAGGCAUUCGCGAUUUGCUUGAGUAGCUUUGACACGAAAUUGGCUUGUGAAUAAUUUGGGCAAGGAAGGCGAAAUCAAAGACGGUUGGCACAGAUCAGAGGCCUGGUCCUUAGGUUAUUAGUUCACGUUUGCAUUUUCGCGGCCAUGCUUUCCUGGUUGUAAUCGUGCUGUGCUGUAGUAUUGGACUGGACUGGACAUACAUGAAAAGCAUCAUUCCAUGACAAGUUCCUGAUCUUGGUUGUAAUUGUUGGCCUAGCCUCUCUCUUCCAUCAUUCCAUGACAAGUUCCUGAUCCUGAA